AUGAUGGAUACUCUCCCAACGGUUGUUGUGAAUGGCAACGACAAUGACACAGACAAUGGCAAUAUCAAUGGUAAUUGCAAUACCAUGAUCAAUGGCAACAUAGACUAUGACCCUGUCAUAGUAUUGAAGGACUAUGACGACGACGACCACCACUCAUUCAACAACACAACUCCAAUGACAACGCCAAACAAGAGCAUGGAGAAGCAAAACAACAACAACAACAACAAGAACAACAUCAAAGUUGAGCAGAAUGGCAAGUCCACUCCAAACAAUGGCAACGUCGACUUGCGAAGGGUACUUCGAAGGAACAAAACCAAUCCCCUCACCCAGUUGCCAGACGCCACUCCAUCUCCAUCCCUUUCAAAAGUGUUCAAGAGUCUGGAGUCUGAUGUGCGUCAAGCAAGCUUCCGCAAUAUCGACAACAAUGGAGCUGUGAACAACAACGGCGUCAGUAGCAUCAAGGGCAGUGGCAUCAGCACCAGAAGCAGUAGCAGUAACAGUAGCAAAAACAAAACCAUUAGCAAUGGCAAGAACAAGAACAAUAGUAUAAAGAAAGGCGAUAACACCUUGGCUACACCUCCAACAACAACAAAGAAAGUUGCUACUCCUCCUGGUCCUCCUCCUCCAAUUCUUCCGCCUCAAAGAAAUACAAUCCAUCACAACAACAACAACACUUACACCAACUACACCAACAACACCAACAACAACAAUAUAUACAUAGAUACCAACAUGGGCGACAACAACAACAAAGACGAUGAUGACGACCACAACGCUAUGAGUGACGAGCAAUACUACGAAGAGGCAAAGGCAGAAGUGCCUCGAUAUAAAGGCGAAUUCAACCCCACUGUACAUACUUCAUACGACUCAGAGAUAUUUGAACAACUGUUCGAUCCGUUCGUCUUGAGUCCAAAGACGGUCGAUAAAUACAUUAAUAGCGCACGACAGUGUUUCAAACGCAUUCAAUCCACGCUGGAAUCAAUGGGCAUUGCUGUCACCAUCAACGUGGACCACAUCACCGACGACGUCUAUCUUGGCAUUCUUCGCGACUACAACUACUCUGUUGAUGAUGCACUGAAAUCCAUCGACUACUCCACAUUCACAACGACAACACCAUGUCUCCACGAUCAUAUCCAAGCUACAUGGACAACCAAGGAGAAGGCAGAGUUCCAAUACUAUUAUAAGAUAUACCAGAGGCCAAACUUACCAAAGAUACAAUCACUGCUGGGGACCAAGACACUUCAAGAGACAAUCGAAUACUUCUUCUAUUGGAAGGGCACCAAGUCAUACAAGCGAUUGCGAAAGCAGGUCAAACUCAAUCGAUUGCGUGAUGAGGAGGAUGAGGAAGAGGUGAACAAAGGCGUAUAUAAGAUGACGUUUGAUACAGACAAACCACCAGUGCCCUACCAUGUUGAAUCGAUCAUUAUACCAAUCGACCCUGGUGAGAAUGAAGAGCAACUACGUAUUAAAUACCUGCGGAAAAGGCCA